GAUCUCGGGCACGUAGGAAGGAAAACUGCGGCCCAGACGCGCUCAGGUGAGGGGGCGCAACAGCUUUCGUUGUUACUAGGGGCUAGGCCACUUCCUGCAACCCCCCAACCGCAUAACUCACACCCCUCCGCCACAUCGGCGGCCAUCAACAUCAAUACAAGUGGUGGCUUUGAGAUACGCAUAAUAAAGCCCAUCUCUGAUGCGAUUAAUCCGCCAAGACAGGGAGAUCGGAGCAUACGUGUGAGAGUUGAGCGAGCGAGCGCGCGGGCGCGUGCACUCACAGAGCUGCUCUCGCCGCUGCCAUGGAAACCGUCAGAAGAAAUCUCUGCCGGUCCUGAUGCUGCGUUGCGGAGAGAGGCUGCUGCAGAUAAGAAUUCAGUGAGGACACAAGAAGAUUCGCCGAAGUUAAAAAAAAAAUAGUGGGGACACCGAUGGGUCAAGAAAAAUGAGACAGAAAUGAAGAGGCACCAGGGGGCAGUCGCACUGAGCCGGAGACACUAAGCGCAGAAGACGCGGAGGCAAAACACAAAAAAACAGACAUUGGAGCCAGUUCGAAAGAAUGGAGCGGCAAUAAUUCAGGUAGGAUGUUUGCAUCAUCUCUGUCAGGCACCCACAAUUGUGCCAGCCUUGGUAUUCAAAGUGGAGAUGCCCAGUAGACAUUCCACCAGGUCACUUAAUUGCUGAGCCAAGCAGCAAACAAGAAAUCAGGGUCAGGAAAUCUGAAAAGAUAGAUGCUAAAGUACGCAAGGCAUGAGACAGAGAUGAGCUCCUCUGUGUUUCCAGCCCGGACACCUUGUGGAAGACCUUCUGGAGAUGACUUAUAAGCAGCAGAGAACCCUGGUCUGCCUCUGAGGAGAAAAGAAGUGGAAAUGGCCUUUGUUAUCACCCUGCCCUUCGAGGAUGAAGAUUCUCGCAUAGUAAGCCAGUCUGCUCCACACACUUUGAUGAGGCAUGACCUGGCAUUACUGGGCUUUGUAUAUAUUUAGCUUGUUUCUGUUUUGAAGCCGAUUUCUGGAAACUGGGCAUGAAAAUUCAUGUUAAUGUUAGGUCUACACUUGGGAGAAACUACCUAUUAGAAUACGAGGCGUAGUGCUCAACACAAAGCACUAGACUAGGACAUCUAUAUGUACAGGGCCAAAUUUAAUCUCCUGAUGUGUGCAAGGUUCCCAUGUCAGCAAUUGUGCAUUCAACCUCCCCCAGGAACGGAUGCAUAUGCAUACCCAUCAAUGAAUACCGACCGACCUGUCAAUUCGCCCAUUCAGCAUAGCUGUCUGUAAUAGCUGGAUAUAAUCAUUGAUCUUAAAUUGCCUCAAAACUUCCCUAGACUUUGCCAGCCUGCCUCUGGGCCUGUAGCUUGGUGAACUUCCUUUGUGCCAACAAAACACCAAGAUGAGUCUCAAGCUUGAGUCUGACUCAGAGUCCUGUCAGCCACUGGUGUACACCGUGGAGGAGCUGGAAUGUAAGAUAUGCUACAACCGCUAUGAUGCCCGGCACCGCAAGCCUAAGGUACUCAACUGCCUACACCGCGUCUGUGCCAAAUGCCUGAAGAAGAUUGUGGACAUCGGAGAUUCAUCUCCCAGCAUCAUCAGCUGUCCCUUCUGCCGCCAUGAGACUCAUGUGCCUGAUGAAGAGAUCUGGCUCCUGCAGGAUGAUAGCAACAUCCUGGCUAUCCUCACCUACCAGGACAAAGCUAGGAAGAGUGGCUCCACCACACCAGCUGAAGUGGUCCUUACCCCCAACAGCCUGAGCGGUGGUGGGGGAGUUGAGCAGUCCCAUAGCUCCUCAGACUGCUUAGUCAUCACCAUCAUGGAGGUUCCUGGAGAAACCCCUCCAGCAGAAACAAUGAGCAUGCUCAACAUGGUGCGCUUCUAUCGACCACCCAGUCUGGACUCGCUUCCAUGCCACCUGCCCAUGCAGAAGUGUCGCUCCUGGACUUCUAGGACUUUCCCACGCUUCAUUAUCGGCAUCUUAUGCCUCAUCUACUUCAGCUCUCUCCCUCUGGGCAUAUAUCUUCUCAUGAUCCAGCACCUUACCCUGGGGGUGAUCUUAGUCAGCCUGGUACCUUCAACCCUGGUCCUUUGUGUACUGUAUGGAUUCUGUCAAUGCCUGUGCCAUGAGAUUUUGGAAUCUAUCUCCACGUGAGGCUCAUCGAUAUGGAAGCUACAGUACAUCCAGUACACCCCCACAUCUUGAAUUUUGCACUCCGAGGGAACCUAGAUGCCCAUGUUGUGUAUCCUAUGUCAUGGACACUACAUCUUAGGCUCAGUGGCGACCUUAGUUUAAUGUGGACUAACCUCCAUCAAGCCCCUUGCAGUCCUAAGCAAUCAGGUGUGAUGAACCCCACAAGCUUGGGCCAUCUUGCUUAGGACACUGUGGGGUCACCACUCUGCUGGAUUCAAGUUCUCAGCACCUCGGGCCAGACUGCAGUGUGUGCAUUUCCCAUGCUUUCUUUCUGCACUGCCCAUGCGGCCACUUUUCACACGUGUCCGCACCCAGAGCUGCCAUUUUGUUGCCAAUUGAGUUUAAUAAAGCUCAAAACCCUUUCCACCAGAGAAUGGUGUUUGCCUUUUGAUUCCAAAAAGACUUGAAUCUUAAUGGCUUCCUCCGCUAGGUGUCUGAAUCCACAAACAGUACCCAUCGACUCUACAAGUUUCGGAUGGGUCACUCAAGAAUCUUGUCUUUGUCCUACAACUAAUAGGGCCCAGUAGCCAGGAAGCCUUAUUGCUUUACCCACAUUUGGGUUAUAUUAUUGACCAUUUAUUGACUCCUUUUGAGGUGACCUUUCCGGCUCUAACACAUCACGCUCACCUAGCUGGCCAGUGGGCUCAUAAUGAGGAAAGCGGCAUGAAGGACUUUAUUGUGUGCUUACAGUUGCCAGAUCUUACAAGCUGAUCACCCAACAUUAAGCAUGGCAAACCAGUCUCCGAUUGCUGACUGUCUCGGUUAAACAACCACUAACUGAGUGCUGACCGAAUUCUUUAAAGCAGUCACUUACUGAGUACUGACCAUAUUCCACAUAGCAGUAGCUCCUGACCACAUUCAGUACUGCAGGCAUUUUCUUCAGUUUUGGUCACGCUCCUUAUAGCGAUGUGACUGAGUGGUGACCACCCUACAUAUGACAGCCACACUCUGCAUGCUGACACAAAUUAGGGCUGCACAUCUGAGUGGUGACCAUUCACUGUGUAACAUCCACUCCAAGUAUAAUGACCACAAUCAUUACACCAGGCACACUUUUUUCAUCUGACUGCACUUCCUGUAGCAGCCAUUAAAUUGAGCACUUACUAUGUUCCAUGUAGCAGCCGCCUUUUAGUGAUGAUUGACAUUCAUACAGCUCUUUUCUUUCCCUGCUAACCACACUUCUUUCAACUGUCACUCCCAGAGUUAUAAACACUUUUCUUAUAGAAGACACUUCCUGUGCAGGGGUGUGGAAAUCAAAUUUUUUUCUACUUGUCCACGGACAAGUAAACUUAGAAAAUCCACUUGUCCGCCA